GACAAGGCUGCAUAUGAGAGCAUCUCCCCCACGUUCUGUUUAACAGGAUGAACGCGCUUGUUUGAUCUUGACACCUAAGUACCAGCUGGCAUCACGCAUGAACGCCACCUUUCUGGACAAACGCACGUCCACUCGGCCAAUGUGUCGGGGCUCCGUGUCUAAUGGGUCGAAAGUAACAGGUGGGCCUGGUGCAGUUGUAAAACCGGUCCACCUGGGAGGCCUCGUCCUCCCGCUCCACCUCUUACAGUAUAUAAGGUCCCACGGUGAGAGUGAGACACACACACCAGCAACAAGCAGAGGAAGUACCUGCACAGAAAGAAGAGACGGUCAGAACCAUGAAGAGCAUCCACUCCCUGGCUGGAAUCCUCCUGCUCCUGGGCUUUGUCCACAGCAGCUGGCAGGUUCCUCUGCAAGAGGCCGACGACAGCUCCAGUUUGGAGGCCGACGACACGUUAGCAGACGAGCUGAGGCAGCUGCCCAGCAUGAAGCGACACUCCGAGGGGACGUUCUCCAACGACUACAGCAAAUACCUGGAGGACAGGAAGGCGCAGGACUUUGUUCGGUGGCUGAUGAACAACAAGAGGAGCGGAGCUGCAGAAAAGCGCCACGCUGACGGGACCUUCACCAGCGACAUGAGCUCCUUCAUGGAGGACCAGGCGCUCAAAGACUUUGUUGCCAGGCUCAAGUCUGGACAAGUCAGAAGAGAAUCUGAGAAGGACAGGUGGGGUGAGGCCAUCAGCAGGAGGCAUGUAGACGGCAGCUUCACCAGUGAUGUGAACAAGGUGCUUGACUCCAUGGCUGCCAAGGAAUAUUUACUGUGGGUCAUGACCUCCAAGCCCUCAGGGGAAAGCAGCAAGAAGAGACAAGUGGACCAAUGAGACGCGGCAGAAGGGACCCGUCUAUGUGCUGGACGUGAAGCCAUACACAGGAGGAACAGGAAGCCAUUCUGCUUUGCAUGUUGACAUGUCAACGUUCUAUUUAAAUUAGUUUUUUACUUCAUGUGAUGCAAAGAUACAAAACAAAAAAAAAACAACUAGUCUUCUAUGGUGUUUAUGGAAAUGAAAUU